CCACCUUGCCCUUGCUGCGGGAUCCUCUGCCCGCGUUCACCCACCUUGCUUGCUGCUGCGCCAGUUCUCAGCUGAGCAUCCACUCUGCCACCCGUCUCAGCAUGCUGCUCUGCUCCGCCUGCCCGACCGGCUGGACCAACGAGUGCGGCGCCUGCCUCGUCGAGGCGCCAUCGUGUCCGUGGCUGAUGUGGACCGUCGCCGCCUGCGGAGCCGACACGCCCUUCGGCGCCUACUGCCACUCCGCUGGCAACACCUCGGUAUGCGGCACGCGGCACGACCUCGACAACUGUGGCCUGCUCGGGCACGACGACGUCUAUUUGCGGCUCGAGUGCGAAGACGCGGGCAAAGCAGCUGUACCGGUGGAAUUUGCAAGCGGCCUCAGUCUCGAGCGGGCCGUUGAGCCAGAGGCGGCGGAGCACCACUUCGAAGUGGACGCCCCCACCGUGUCCGAGCUCGAGGCCGCGGAGCUGGGAAUUGUCGUUGGCAUCCUCGCCGCUGUGGUUCUCCUCACGCUCUGCUUCUGCGUGAUGUGCCUCUGCCGCGGCGGGGGCGGCCAGCGGCAGACCGAUUUGCCGACGACGGCGAAGCUGCAGGCCGAGCCAUCAUACACGGCAAGCCGCGAGUUUCGAAAGGCGGAGGCGAUGGCGCACGUGCAGCAGGCGAGAGUCCGAGCCCGCGAGGCCGCAGCUUGCGAGAGCGGCGACGGCCCCUCGUCGUCGGCGCCGCGGCCACGGGUGGUCUGCCUCGCGGCGCCAGCGGUGGACCCAUGCACAGGCGCCGUCCUCAAGAGCUCCCUGGUCGGCCGCUUCGUCGACGUGACCUUGCGCUCGUCGGGCGGAAGCUCCGGAGAGGGUGCGGCCGGAGGGGCGGCGCCGCGCGACGAGAACCCCGUCGGUGCCGCGCGCGAGUGGCUCUCCGGCAAGAUGAUCAAGGCGCUCCGGCGAGACGCGGAGCACUUUGGCGGCGAGAGCUCGGCGGCGCUCGCGAGCGAGCGCCUCGCCUCCUUUGGCGAGACCACCGGCGCGGUCAAGAAUGGCGACGUCUCGCACGCCGACUCCACCGCCAACUCCGUCGGUGUCACGUGCGGCGGCGGCGCCGCCCCUGUGUGGUGCGCGGAGCCGCUGCCGCUCACCGAGCUCUGCGUCUCUGAGGAUCCGAUCAAGGCCUCGGGCUCCACGAGCAACGAGACGGUCUGCACGACCGCCACGGCCCACUCCAAGGUCGAGAUCGGGAUCGGUAAGACCUACCCGACUACCUCCAUGAAGCUCAACAUCGGCGCCUACGCCGAGCUCGCCCCCUUAUUUGACGAGACCUCCGGCGCGACGAAGAUCGGCGACCCCUCACUCGAGGAGAGCUUCACGACCGCCACGGCCCUCUCAGAGGUCGAUGUGGCCUCGCUGCUCUUUCUCCACCCUUGUGCGGCCGUGCUGGCGCUGCUCCUCGCGGCGUUCCUUGAGCUGCUGCUGCGUGGGCAGGUCAAGAAGAAGAGGGUGGAGCGCAGCAGCCACGCAGCGGACGUAAGCGGCACCCCAGCGGCAUCGCUCCAGCCCGUCAAUGUCAGCAGCCCGUGCUCGCUCACCGACGGCGGCUCGUGCGCCGCGUCGCCAAACUACCCGAACAGCUACGGCAUCAACGAGGAGUGCACCAUCAGCGGCGUGCCGCCAUACGAGCUGGAGACGGUCGCCUUUGAUGUGGAGGGAGACUACUACUCUUACUACGACUACGACUACAAUGGCGACCCCACGGACGAUUGCCGCUACGACUAUCUCACCGUCAACGGCACGAAGUACUGCGGCACCUCGGGGCCGAGUGGCGCGGUGGCGGAGGACGGCGUCAUCGAGUGGCGAUCGGAUGGCUACGAAGUCAGCUACGGCAUCAACGAGGAGUGCACCAUCAGCGGCGUGCCGCCGGUUGGAUUGGAGACGGUCGCCUUUGAGGUGGAGGGAGACCCUUGGCCCUACUACGACUACGACGGCAAUGGCGAUCCCACGGACGAUUGCCGCUACGACUAUCUCACCGUCAACGGCACGAAGUACUGCGGCACCUCGGGGCCCCCGAAUGGCGCGGUGGCGGAGGACGGCGUCAUCGAGUGGCGAUCGGAUGGCAGCGUAGUCGGGUCGGGCUGGAAGGCGCGCCCCUGCGAGGACCAGCUCCGCAACCUGAUCGAGGACGCUAUUGCUAACGUCUCAAUCUACCUGCCGCCCGGUGCAGACUUCAAGCUGGACAGCCAUAUCAGCUGCGCCUCCACCAUCAAAGUGACCGUCGCGAGCAGCGGCGAGGGCGCGACGCUCGACGGCCAGGGAGAGACCGGGCUCUUUAAAUUGCGGGGCGGCUGCAGCCUCACCCUGCGGGGGCUGACCCUCGUCAACGGGAGGGCGUGGGGCGGCGGCGUUGUGUUCGCAAAUGGCGCAGGCGACGUCGAGAUCAUCGAUUCGACGAUCACAAACUGCAGGACUGACGAGGCCGGCGGCGUCGUCUACGCGUUUGAGAACAGCGGUGCGGUCUCGAUAAUCGGCUCGACCGUGUCGGGCUGCUCUGCUGGCAAUGUGCGCCGCGUAGAGUUAGCAGCCUCCCUGUAG